UAAUAUUGAUCUUGCCAAAGAAGAAAGACUUCUUAAAAAGUUGCAAUACGUAGCACAACAUUUUUACAAUGCGUGGCAAAAGGCUCACCGCAAACAAGAGCGCUUUGAGAAGUACAAUAAGGAUUGGCUCGACGGUCAUUUGGAGCUUGCAGAGUACAUCGCAGAAACACCUUCAACGUCAACUGGCCGUGGGCGUCCACAAAAACAAUUUGAUGAACUUAGUGAUAGAAGUAAGCGAAGGAAAACCGAUGAAAUGUUCGGCGCUAAUGUUGACACUAUAGAGAGGGCUCUUUUAGCCACAAGAAAAAUUGCAUAUAGACAUGGCGAUUCAAAUAUGGUAAAUUUGAUUGGCCAUGUUAUCAAAAAUCGUGAAAGUGCAUCUAAAAUGUUUACGACUCUCAAAGAUUCACAUGGAAUGAUGUCACCUGAAGAGGCAUUCGAAUAUUUUUUAGACUGCGAUUUUACCAACAGUGAAAAAGAACCCAUCAAGGUUUCCGAGCUACCAUGUAAUCAAGAGCAUGAAAAAAGUUUGCUCCCCUUUAGCCGAGUCAAUCGAAGAGUCACCAUCAAAAAUUCAGGUCAAAUUACAGGCACUCAUGAACCAUACAGCAGAAAGAAUCAUCAAGAUCAUUGAUGCGGAAAUCGUCCAACAAAUGAAUACCAACGAUUACACAGAGCUAGUGCUUUUAAGCAGCUGGGGUAUGGAUGGCUCUACAGGCUAUUCACAAUACCACCAAGCGCUAUCAAUGCCAAAUCAAAAGGAUGACAGUGACGUCUUUUCAGUGACGACAACUCCUAUACAACUUUAUUAUCAGAACAACAAGAAAAGCAUUUUGUGGCAUAACUUAACACCCCAAAGCAUUCGGUUCUGUAGGCCAAUUAUGCUGGAGUUUAUCAAAGAAUCAAAAGAGAUGGUACUUAACACCAAGAGAUAUAUUGAAAAUCAAAUAAGUGAGCUUGUCCCAGUAAAAAUCCAAUCAUCGAAUGGCGAAUUUGUUUUGGUUGAUUUUAUUUUCGUUAUGAGUAUGAUCGACGGCAAAGUUCUUAAUUAUGUAACCGAUACUUCUUCCAUUUCCAACUGUCCAAUUUGUGGAGCUACUCCAAAUGUAAUGAGUGAUAUACAGAAGCUUGAAGCAGGAUACGAAUCGAACGAAGAUGCUCUUCAUUGCGGCAUAUCUCCACUGCACGCUUGGAUGCGAUUUUUUGAGUGUUUAUUGCAUAUUUCCUACAGGAUGGAAAUUAAAAAGUGGAAGAUCACGAUGGAUUUAAAGGCCAAAUUUCUUGAUCGGAAAAAACUCGUUACUGAAAAACUGUACGAAGCAUUCGGAGUACGAGUUGAUCAACCCAGGGCAGGUGGAGCAGGGACCAGCACAACAGGAAACGUGUGUCGAAAAGCAUUUUCAAAUCCUGAAUUACUUUCCAAAGUUUUGGACAUUGACGAAGAUCUUAUUGUUAGAUUUCGUAAUAUUUUAAUAGUAAUCAAUUGCCAAGAUCCGAUCAAUCCUAAAAAAAUGGAUGACUAUUGUAAAGAAACAUAUCGGCGAUAUAUUAAAUUGUAUGAUUGGUAUAAAAUUCCAGCAACAGUGCAUAAAGUACUCGCUCACGCUGGAAGCAUAAUAAUCCAUUCACCGGCUCCUCUUGGCAUGUUAGCUGAAGAAGCAGCAGAAUGCCAACAUAAACUAUUAAAAAAAUGUCGUACCCAUCAUGCUAGGAAAAGGUCACGAGUUGAUAAUCUACAUGACGUCUUUAUUCGAGCUAUGAACUCAUCUGAUCCUCUGAGAAGUUCAAUAAAUCUAGGUAGCAGAAUGCGAAAGAAAGUAUCACAUGAAUAUCCAGAUGUUGUAAAAUCACUUUUAGUAUUCGAAGAUCUUUACAGCUCUGAAAAUGUAAACACUGAAGACAAUGCACUAGACGAAUUAAUGGAUGAUGUUGAACAACUUGAUGAUGAUUUUGCUCUCGGUGAAAAUGUAGAAAAUGAGUAG